AGAUGUCAUGCUGAGAAUAUAUCAAUUAACAAGUAUUCAAAAUAUAAGACCUUCAAAAAAAGGUAACAACAAUCACUAUAGGGUGAAAUAGUUGUUGUGACUUGUAAUUAUUCAAAACUAUUUCUUCUUUGAUGGUUUAAAUGAAGAACGUAUAAAGUAUGAGUCAGAAAGAAAGUACAACUGUUUCUUUUUCCCUUCAGGUGUCCUAAAUGUACAAAGAAUGAGAGUUGGGAUGGACAUAACUUAACACACCAAAUGUAAGUCAGUCUCUGAAUUUGAAACUGAUAUUAAGCAAUUGCAACACUUGUGUGACCAGUGGAUUAGUUUGCUUUCUUUGAAUUAGACACAUGACGGCCGCUUCUUCCCUGCCGCCGUUUAAGUUAAUUUGUGUGACUUGUGGAGGUGAUUUUGUUCCCGGUUGAACCUCUGCUGUCGGGCUGCUUUGCUUUGUUUUUCUUCAAGUUCUUAGAAAAAUUUUGACCUGAAUGCCUUUUUGCCUUUUUUUCUUCUUUUUAACUAGCAAGAGAGUUUCUAAAAUUUAGAUUCUUUUCGUGGUUAAAAAAGAAAGGAAAAACAGCGAAAAAAAAAUUCAGUCAAAAUUAAUCAAAGAUUUUGAAGGAAAAAAGAGUAAAAAGGCCCGACAACGGGGGUUCAACCGGGACCUGAACCCCUUUCAAAUUAAAUUAAAAGGCGGCAGGGGGGAGCGGCCGCCAUGUGUUUAAUUUAAAGAGAGCGAACUUAUCCGCUAACGUUGCCUGAGAAAGAGACGCAAAAUUAACCUACAGGUAGAAGUAGGUACAGGCUCUAUUGUUCUCAUAGAAUAACGUUGAUAAGUCAUGAUUUAUUCACAUCCCGUGAAGAAUGUUUAUCGCCUUGUCACACAUUACAACUGAAAUUUGACAUGAAUUCUCUCUCUUCUUUUAGUGAUCAACUCGAAGUUUACAAGAAGAAACAAGAUUUUUUUCAAUCAAGGAUUGUAAAAGAAAUAAAUUUUAUUUUUUGUUGUUCUAAGAGUCAACGAUAA